UAAAGCUAUGAGGGUAAGUAUUAGUAUAUGAUAUUUCAAUUUUGUAUGUAGUCUAAAAUUGUAGAUGGGGAAUGAAGAUAGAAUUAGCAACUUGCCUAGUGAUCUUCUGAUAUCUAUAAUCUCUCGACUUACCAUCCAAAGAGCUACUACUACUUCCAUACUUUCAACUCGUUGGCUGUAUCUCUAUCGCUACAUCACUCAUCUCUAUUUCCCAAGCCAUAUACCUUGCGUUGUAACGGAGUCAGACUACUCAAGAGUUGUCCAACAGGUCUUGGAUUCACACAGAGGCAGUCAGAUAAAAGAGUUCAGGUUGUGCAUGUCUAAAGGCCUCUAUUUUGAGAGGUGGUUUGAGUGGGCCGUAUCUAAGAAAGCUGAAAUAAUUCAUUUAAGUGGUUCCCAUGAUAUUGAUUAUCAAGCUCUAUUUCUUAGACUUCCCAGUACGAAUAAUGGAUUUGAAUGCCUUAAAGAUUUGUAUCUAUAUAAAUCUAGAAUGACCGAGCAAGACUUGAAGCUUUUGCUCUCCAAUUGCAUUGCUCUUGAAUCCUUGAAACUUGAUUUUCCUCUCAAGUUGGAUAAUGUCUCAAUUGUUGGCCACGCUAAACUCAAGCAUUUGAGCUUGACCUACUUGGGAGCUGACUCCAUUGUGAUUCAAGAUGCUAUUAGCCUCGUUUCUUUGAACCUCUAUGUCAUGAUCGAUAGAUUCUCCAUGCAACUUAGUAAUACUCCCAAGCUUACCCAACUCUAUUUUGAAGAACAUUUUCCUCUAAAAUUGUUUGAUGAGCUCCUUACUAGAAUGCCUGCUUGCAUGCGCGACCAACUCCAAAUAAUGCACCUCUCAGCUAAAGUUUGUUGUAUCUCUGAGAUGUAUCAGAAGUUGUCAUGGGUUGAUCUUGUAAAUAUAAAACGUCUAGAGUUGAACCUUUAUUCAAUGGUUUCGACAUUGGCUGUCCUCUCAUAGUGAAGACAUGUUAGAAACAUAUGUUGGAUCUAGAUGCGAGUUGUCCCCAAAGUAUUUGAAAAUCUCACAAUAUUCUGGUGCUCCAUUACCUAAUCGAUAAUGCUAGAUCUCUUAAAAAAGUGUCUGUGGUGGCUCGAGAUGAAGAGGCAUUAGCUCGCGCACGCCAUGAUUUUCAACAUAUUGCAUUUGUUAGUUUUUCAGUUAUGUAACUGUAGUAGUCUGUUAUCUAAUACUACUACUUGUUAACUUAAUUUAUUUUCAAAAUGCAAGAACUGUUUCAAAAUUU